AUAAGUCCAGUGGCGGCUUAUAUCGCGGAGGUUGUGGUGGAGGCUAUGGUAGACAAUAGCCAAGCCCUACAUCCAGGAGAGGGAAUAGCUUCAAUCUAUUCUGUCGUCCAUUCGAGUUGAGGUUCGACAGGUGUGGAGGCUGAGCCUGUAGGAAAUAAUGCAUCAAGUCCAGAGAGCAGUCCAUCGUAUAUUAUGGGGAAAAAAGAACUAUAUAAACACCAUUCAAUCACCUCCAUAUCACGUCUCUACAUCUUCCAUCUUCUCCAAGGCAGCGACAGUUACAAAUCCAUCAUCCAACCUGAUCUUUAUCGAUUGUCCCUCUUCACAUCAAGCAACAUGCGCGAAUCGAUCCUCAAAUUUGGCCUUACCAUGGCUCUGCUAGCCAUGGGAACAGCGACUCCUUUACCCCUCGACCAGAAAGACUACGAUGAAACCCCCACGAUCGUUCCCAGAGUAAUGAACGUUACUGCCCGCGAGUUUGUCGAGGCGGGAGGCGCCUAUAUGGACGCUCCCGACUCUGACGGAAAUCCACCGGUCGAUGUCGAUAAGCGAGGCGUCAAGCUGUGGGAUACUUGUAAUACCCGCGCAUCAAUUCACUACAAACUCAAAGGGGACGGAGAUCCCCACCAGAACUUUGUCAUUACCCAAAAGGGCGGCUCGCUAGUAUCGUGCUCCGCAGAGGAUGGCGCUACGGCGUCUGCCUACGAGCACGGUCUCAGCUGGUCCAUAACGGGUGGUGUCAACACGGAAUGGGCGUCCGUCGCCCUGGAAGUCUCCGAGUCACAGUCGUACUCCGUGUCGCAAUCUUUCACCUGUGGCGGCGUUGCAAAGCAGAGAGGAAACAUUUGCGUGCUUUUCUACCAGGCUGUCACUGCGUUCAAGGUGGAAGUAAUCAAAAACGAUCCCUGCAACGGCAUCGUAAACAAGAAGACGGUUGAGACUAUCUAUGCGCCCAAUGACAACAAGUUGGGCAGUGUUGGAGCACGGGGAAUCAAUGUCUCGAAGCAUGGCGUGGUCCAGUGUGUUGGCGAUGUCGACCGCACUAUUCAUCAUUACUGUGGUCCUAAGGGCGAUGCCUCGUGGUGGAGAGGCAAGCAGCCGGGUCCGUGGACCAAGGAGUAUGUCGAUAAUCGUGAGCCCAAGGAUUGCAAAGUUCCUAUCGAAGCUCACCAGUACUUUGAUUGAUUUGUGGAUUUGUUGGUAGUAGGAUCGAAAUAGUUGGUGGUCUUGUGGUAUGCUGUUUUGUGUUAGGGUACACUGUGCUUUGCAAUAUUCCAU